GUUAUGGGGAUGGGGCUGUAAUGAUAAGUGACUGCAUGCAGCAUAAUGUUAUUCACAGCUUAUGGAGACUGACAGGAGGGAGAGCAACUUCACACCACAACCAGAAGGUUAUAAAGGUGCUUUCUUUAUUCCUUACAUCCUAUUCCUUGUGGCCUGCGGCAUCCCUCUGUUUGUACUGGAGGUAUCGCUGGGCCAGUACACCAGUCAGGGAGGAAUCAUGUGCUGGAGAAAGGUCUGCCCCUUGUUUGAAGGCCUGGGAUACGCCAGCCAAAUGAUCAUUUUCUAUGGAUGUAUCAGCUACAUUGUGAUCUUAGCCUGGGCUUUUCUCUAUUUCUUUUCUUCCUUCUCUGGCGAGCUGCCAUGGGCCACCUGUAAUAACACAUGGAAUACAGAUUCUUGUGUGAUAUUGAACAACUAUAAUACCACUGCUAACUGGACCUCGCCUGUGAAUGCGUCAUCAUCUGUAAUAGAGUUUUGGCAACGACGGGUGCUAAAUAUAUCCACUGGCAUAGAGGCCUUGGGAAGCAUACAGUGGGAACUUUCUUUGUGCCUUCUCCUGGCCUGGAUCAUCUGCUACUUCUGUGUCUGGAAGGGAGUGAGAUCCACAGGGAAGGCUAGCUACUUCACAGCCACAUUCCCCUACGUCAUGUUGUUGGUGCUGUUCCUCAGAGGAAUGACCCUUCCUGGAGCCUUUCUUGGUAUCAAGUACUACCUGUACCCCAAUCCUGCACGGCUCACUGACCCACAGGUUUGGAUGGAUGCGGGAACCCAAAUAUUUUAUUCUUAUGCCAUAUGUCUGGGAUGCCUGACUACGCUUGGGAGCUUCAACAAGUACAACAACAACUGUUACAGAGACUCCUUCUAUCUUUGCUUGCUGAACAGCGGGACCAGCUUUGUAUCCGGCUUCGCCAUCUUCUCAGUUCUGGGCUACAUGUCACAUAAACAGGGUGUUGACAUUUCUUCAGUUGCUGAGUCAGGCCCUGGCCUUGUGUUUAUAGUCUACCCGCAAGCUGUGACCCUUCUGCCCUGUCCUCAAGUUUGGUCCGUGUGCUUCUUCACCAUGAUCAUCUUGUUAGGAAUAGACGGACAGUUUGUUGGCCUUGAAAGCAUCAUGACCUCUCUGUCAGAUGUCUACCCUUCCCAGAUCCGAAAAGGAUAUCGCAGAGAGCUUUGUCUGAUGCUGAUCUGUGCUAUUAGUUAUAUGUUUGGCCUCCUCUUGGUGUCACAGGCUGGCGCGUAUAUUCUGCAGAUCUUUGAUCACUAUGUAUGCAGUGGUCCCGCUCUUCUCCUGAUGGCAAUCUUUCAGUCAGUAGUUAUUGGAUGGAUUUAUGGUGCUGAACGCUUCUCGGACAACAUUGAGGACAUGAUUGGGUACAAACCUCUGUCACUGAUCAAGUACUGCUGGAUGUAUGGCACCCCUCUUGUUUGCAGUGCCACUCUUGUGUUUUUGCUGCUGAGAUACACCCCUUUGAGGUUCAACAACUCCUAUGUGUAUCCUUCGUGGGCAUACUGGAUCGGCUGGUUUCUGGCCAGUUCUUCUCUUACAAUGGUUCCGCUGACCAUGCUCUGCAAACUGGCCAAAGGAAAAGGGACUCUCUGGCAGCGUCUCAAGAAAAGCUCCCAACCGGCAGAGGACCUUCCAGUGAUGGCAAAGGAAAUUGUGAGAAUCAACGCCUCACUGUGUGUCCCUGGUAAUGGACAAAAUGUGUAAUGAAAUGCCAGUCAUUGAGGUCUGGAUUUUUUAGCCUAUUCACUAAAACUUUUACGUUAUAUAGGUAGGGUAUUUCUGUAGAUAUAGAUUGUUAAGAUAGCCACUGUUUACAUCAGAUGUUAUUACAAUGAACUUAAUGAGACUUUGGAUUGGAGUGGUUUGAAUUAUUUAUAAUCCAUCACAGUGAACAAAAUGAUGGAUUAGUAUGAUAAAAUAAUCAGGUUCCAAGUUUUGCCUGAAAACAUUAAGUACAUAAGCUAUGACUCUAGUGCAGAGGUUCUCAACUUUUUUUCCACCAAUACAAGAUAAAGAAUAUACUUGGGCCUAUUUCUUUACGCUUAUAUAGUCUAAGAACAACACAAGAGAAAUAUAUUCAAAAGAUAGUAGACAUACAUUUAUAAUAUUUGCACCAUCUCAACAUGGAAAACCCAUAAAAUAAUGCAAUAGAGUGCUGAAGUCACGCCCCUUCCGGUAGAGCUCAUGGGACCU